GGACCCUGUUUCCGGUACCUGGGCGGGCAGCUAUGGUGACUGGCAGGCGGCAUGCGAAGCCGCAUCUGUGGCCGGUGGAGGCCCGCUUGGCAGCACUGCUUCCCGACCUACUGGUCUUUCGGAAGCCCCGUGGAUCGGAACCCGAGCUCGCCACGGCCCAGGGAGUCCUCCUAGGCGUCCAUGUGACGGGGUUUACAGCAUUAAUGGACAGGUUCAGCCUGACCUGCAAGUCGGAACGUGACAUGGACAAACUGGCCCACAUCUUCAGUUAUUACAUUAGUGACAUCGUGGAGCAUGUUCUCUGUUUUGGAGAGGAUAUCCUAAAUAUCACAGGGAACAUGCUCCUGGCACUCUGGAGAGUAGAACAAAAUCAACUGAGCGACAUCAUUACCUUGGUGGCAAAAUGCAGUCUGGAGAUACAGGAGAAAUUUGGGAUCUAUCAUACCAGAGAAGGCCAGGACCUGCAGUUAAAGAUAGGUCUGUCUGCAGGUCGGAUUUCCCAGGUUAUUGUUGGAGAUGAGCGGCAGCAACACCUCUUGGUGAUUGGGCGGGAUGUAGAUGAUGUCCGGUUAGCUCAGCAUUUGGCUCAGGCAAAUGAGAUUGUCCUAUCCUGGAACUGCUGGAUGCUCUGCGAGCAGCAUAUGUUUGAAGUGGAAAUCAUGAGGGAGGAUGAAGCUGUGAAGAAUGUUUGGAAAAAGACAUUUGGCAAGAAAGAGAAACAAAAAUCGCCCUUUGUUAGGGUGUUGCCAUUGAUGCUGAAGGAAGCAGAUUCCAAGCAGUGCUUCUAUGCCAUCCAGACCCUCAUGGCCAUCUUCUUUGAGAUUGAUACAUGCCCAGCCUAUUACCGGCAAGAGUGCCUACAAAGACACCUUUGUGGGAUAGUGGAAGAACAACUUCACUGCCUUUUUAAUGACCUCUUAUUUGUGAAGUUUCCUUUGUCCUUCAAAGUUUCGCACAUGGAUGACGUGGCCAGACAAAAGAAGGUUAAAGCAUGUUUUAUUAAAGUACUUCAGGAGGCAGCGAGGGAAACACCACUGAUUUUCCUCAUUGAUGAGGCCCAGUAUAUGGAUGCAGCUUCGUGGGAGUUUUUGGAAACAUUGGUCUCCAGUAUGCCCAUCAUCAUGGUGAUGACGCUGACCCCUAUCUUCACCCUGUGUGGCUGGGCCCAGCAUUUCCUGCAGAGCCCUCAAGCUAUCCUUAUGCCUAUUUCGAAGUCGGCAACAACCUCGCUGUUGAGAAUGGCAUGUUGGGAACUAGGGGUGGUGAGCAUCCCCCAAGAGCUGCAGAUCUACCUUCACAGGUGCUUUGGAAAUCCCCUUUAUUGCGAGGUCCUAUGCCAGGAUCUUCUCUCUAAGGACAUGUUGCUCUUUCAUGACCUACAAAAAGAGGAAGAGGAAAACAGCAAGUGGGAAACCCUCUCAGCCAAUGCCAUGAAAUCCAUAAUGUAUAGUAUUUUUCCUGCCAACUCUGAAGAAGACCAGGAACUUUAUGUCUGCACAGUCAAGGAUGAUGUGAACUUGGAUACAGUACUUCUACCACCCUUUCUGAAAGAAAUAGCAGUAAGCCAACUGGAUCAACUGAGCCCAGAGGAACAGUUGCUGGUCAAGUGUGCUGCAAUCAUUGGUCACUCCUUCCAUAUAGAUUUGCUGCAGCACCUCCUGCCUGGCUGGGAUAAAAAUAAGCUACUUCAGGUGUUGAGAGCUCUUGUAGAUAUACAUGUGCUCUGCUGGCCCGACAAGAGCCAAGAGCUUCCUGUUGAACCCAUAUUAGUGCCUUCCUCUAUCGACAUAAUUGAUGAAACCAAAGAGAAGAAAACAAAGUUAGAUGGUGGUUCAGCCUGUCUUCUCAGGCUAAAAGAAGAAUUAUCCCUACCUCAAACUGAGGUGUUGGAAUUUGGAGUGCCUCUACUACGGACAGCUGCUUGGGAGCUCUGGCCCAAGGAACAACAGAUAGCUCUACACCUCGAAUGUGCCUGCUUUCUCCAAGUUUUGGCCUGCCACUGUGGGAGCUGCCAUGGAGGAGACUUUGUCCCCUUUCAUCAUUUUGCAGUUUGUUCUACUAAGAAUUCCAAGGGGACCUCUCGAUUCUGUACUUACAGAGAUACUGGCUCAGUGCUAACACAAGUGAUCACAGAAAAAUUGCAGCUGCCUUCUCCCCAAGAUAGUUUUCCAUUCCAGAUGAAACCAUCCAGAACUCAGGAGGCCUUCUCAAGUGAAUGCUGCAGAACAGAGGAAGAGUUCCUAGAUGAAGUGAAGAGGAAGCUGGCUCAGACCAGCCCUGAGAAAGACCUGUUGACCACAAAGCCUUGUCACUGUAAGGAUAUCCUGAAGUUAGUGCUCUCACCUCUCACCCAGCAUUGCUUGGUCAUUGGAGAAACGACCUGUGCAUUUUACUACCUGCUGGAGGCUGCAGCUGCCUCCUUGGACCUGUCAGAUAAUUAUAUGGCCUUCUUUUAUUUAAGGAAGGCAAGCAGUCUUCUGGGCCAACCCUCAGCAUUUUCAUUUUUGAAAAAACACAAGGUGAAGAUCUGUCAGUUUGAAGAGGCUACUUUCUGCUGUCUUCUGUCGGAGGUCUGUUUCAACAUGGGACACAUCACUUUAGCCAAAAAAUUGGCUAGGAAAGCCCGUCGGCUGCUGAAAAGGAAUUUCCCUUGGACCCGGUUUGGUGUCCUUUUCCAGACAUUCCUGGAAAAGUAUUGGUAUCCCUGUACCCUGAGCCAACCUCCAAACAACCCUAGUGAGAAUAAGAAGAAUUUGGCAGUUCUGCAGCAGCAGGUGCAUUGCCUCUCCCUACUCUGGCAGCUCUAUAACCUGGAGGCCACAGCCAGUAGCUACAGGUUUGCCUGCCUGGCUACUCUUAUGCAGAAGAAUUCAGCUGAGGAGUUUGCAAAUGAAGCCCAGGUUGUCUCUACCUAUGUGGAGCUCUCUCAGUUCUCCCAGAGCAUGGGCAUCAAGGACAAGUGGCUGCACUGUGAGCAGAUGGCCAUUCAGAAAAGCAGUUUAUGUUGGUUCUCCAGGGAGGGAUUGUUGGCCACAGCUCAGGUCAUGCAGGCCCUGGCCUACACCAAGCUCUGCCUUGGCCAUCUUGACUUCUCCAUCAAGCUGGGAUUGCUGUUUCGGCCCUUUAGUGAGUGUCUGCGUUCCGUUCAAAUCUACGAGCACAGCCAUGUUCUGACCUCUCAGAGCGAUGUCAUGCUGGGGGUCCACUCCUCCCUGGCCAUGUGGUUUGCCCAGGAAUCAUAGUGGGACCUGUUUGAGCACUAUUUCUCCAAGGCUUGCCAGUUGGUGAAAAGAACCAAUACUUCACUAUUUGGUGCACAUGGCUUUGUUCAUCCGAUUCCUAGGGUGCCACGUGCUAAUGUUACAGAAAAUACCAGAGGGUAUCUUCAUGCAUAUUCCUCUAGAGCUUCGCAGCCAAACCCUUGAGGUACCUGUUUCUCAGCUGUCCUUCAACUAACACCUAAUUCACUUAGUUCUACCCUAUGAUGCUCUUUCUACCACCUGCAUCUCUUCCUUGUUUUCCCUUUUACUGGCUCUGUCUCCCUUUACUCUUUGAAUCCUUUGUUUCUCCACCUAGAAAAUUUCCACCUACCUUAUGUGUCCUUCCAGAUAUUAUUGCAUCUAGUUCUGGACUGGGUUUCUUUCCACCUUUGCCAGCUACUACAGUAUCAUUAAAAUAUUAACAUUUAGCCUUGCUCAGUGGACCUGUACUCUAUGGGUCAGUCUGUAAUUUGACACAUCUCCCUACAGCCCUUCUGAGUCUAAAACACAUUGCAAUUCCUCUGUAUCCCAAAACCAGUUUUCCAGGCCUAUUUUGCCAUCAGUAACUCCUCCCUGUUCCCUCAGCCAUGAGUGAAUAUGCUGAAUGAGGACCUUUGUAAGUUCUGAUGAAGUGGCAUGUUAGGAGGAUGAAGCACUAAUCCCAGAGCUAAUGGACCUUCCUUUCCUUUCAGUACUUUAAGGAGUUCUUCUCUCAAUGUGUGACCUGCCCUGUCUAUCACCAGUGGGUAUCUGAGCUUAAGGCCUCUGUAAUGAGAUGUGAAAAGAGAGAAUUCAUGUCCCUGACUAACAGCAUCAGACCUUUUGACACUUGCUUGACCAGGAUUUGGAUAAAAGGAGAAUUUCUGCAGGAAAAUAACUCUUAGAAAAGAAAUUUAGGAAUACAGAGUAAGCAUUUCUUCCUGGAACCCUUGUGUGAGAGACAUAAAGACAGUCUCAGAUUCUUACUGAUGAGCAGUCAAAGGCUGCACUUCUGAAGUAAAAAGGGAUACACAGAUGUAAGGAGUUAGUCCUUGCUCCAGAGGUAAGUAUAAUCCUCUUCCUAAUGCUAGGCCCUGCCUGGACAGAUAGGAAUCCCUUCUUUUGUUAAACAGCAAUUUCUUCAGCUUCUCUCAGCUCUUUGUUUCACUAUUAGUAACCCUUAGGCAUAGAAAGUUCUUCCUUGCUUUUAGCCAAAGCAAUUGGGUUGUUUCCUUGGAAUAAUUGGAUGGUCACUAAGGAGAGAAAAAGGUCUUAGAAGUCACAAUGUAAUGUCUAUGAAUGAUAACAUUAGGCAAGAAAAGGAGAGGAAAGAAUAUAGUUCCUUUCCUCAGAGCCCUGCAAAUCUCCUUCUUUCCCAGGGCCGCUAUUUAACUUUGUAAUUGCUGAGGACAUUCUUUGUAUUUAUCACAUUCUUUAUGUUCCUUCUUUCAGGAUUUAACAGAGUGGCUGAUGUCAAGGAGAACAAGGAUGCAGAAGAAACUCAAGAUGUAUGUGUUAAAAGAACAAUAACCUGAAGGGACCAUGAUUCUUUUAUUGUAUAUAACACAAGGAAAUGCCCCAGAUUCUCCUUUUAAAUAUAUAGUGUACAUAUUACAUAUACUAGCCUUUAUAGUUACUGCUAUCUAUAUGUUUAUCAAAAUAAAAGACUAUUUUUU